AGGCCUGGCCGCGAGCCGCACCAACGCGGCGAGCUCGGAGAUGGUCACGUUCUUGCGUGGCACGGAGGAUCGCGUGGCCGGCAUCAGCGGGUGCCAAGAAGGCAACUCCGCGGAGACCUCAGCGCCGGAGGACGCCGCGGCGUUGCCGGGGCUAGGCGGCGAGGCGGCGCCGCCGCUGGCGGUGGCGGUGGUGCGCCACGCGGAGCGUGCGGAUUCCCACGAGGCCUUCGACGCCUGGUGCACCGCGGAGGAUGCCGAGCAGCACCCGCUGGAUCCACCCAUCACGAAGCAGGGGCUGCUGCAGGCGCAAGAGCUUGCGGAGGCGCUGUCCCGGCAGAAGGUGGAGUUCCAGGUGGUGAUCUCGUCCCCGUUUCUGCGGUGCCUGCAGACGGCCACGGUGCUGGCGGAGCAUUUCAACGCCUCCAUCCUCUUGGACCAAGAGCUCUGCGAGGUACUGGGCCCCGACGUCUACGAGGUCGAGCCACCCGAGGUGCCAUGGAGAGCCGUGGCAAAGAUGAAGAGCCUUCUGCAGGAGACCUCUGCCUCGCGUCUGAACUCGGCGCGGCUCAUGGGCCAGCGCCCCAAGUGGCCCGAGCAAUUGGGAGCCGCGCGGUGCAGGUACGCCAAGCGCUUUUUCGACUACUUGCGCCGCGCGCGGCACACCAAGCGCAGCUGCAUCCUUGUGAGCCACGGCCACAUGGUGCAGGUCUGCGCCUCGGUGCUGCCUGCCUGCAUGCAGCGCAAGAUCAUCUCGGUGGACUACGCAGGCGUGGUCCUGGCCACCUGCCACCGCGUCGAAUCGGAGGCCUCCGGCUCGGUGCCCCGCGCGCUGGCGCUGGGCGCGCGGAGUCAAUCGCUGAUUGACACCCGCGCGAAGCCGACGGACGGCGUGGAGGAGGCCGCCAAGGACCCGCAGAAGCAGCUCCUGCAGUGCAACCAGCUGAUGCAGGCAGCGAGGCUCAAGUACUGGCAGGUCUGGAUGCAGGGCGUGCGCUAUGUGUCUGCCCGCCAAGUGGGCACACCGAAAGUGUUGCAGCAACUGCAGGCUCACCUGGGCCCCUCCUGGCGGGAUGUGGAGCGCCUGCUUGGGCUGCUGCCCUCUCAGGAGCUGUCUCCCGGCUCCGAGAGCGGCGGGAGUUUCAGCACCAACACGCACACGGCCACCUCCAUGAACAUGUUCCGUGACCCCAGCUGGGUGCCCAACUCCCCGCGGGAGUGGCCCACGCCGCAGCGGCCCCGCACGCGCUCCAAAGCGAGCGGCGCCGGGAAGGAGCCGUCGGAGGGAUCGUACUCCUCUUCGCCGGAGCGGGUGCCGCGCUUGCCGGCGAGGGUGCUGCGGGUGAUGGACGGGCAGCUGAAGCUGAAUGCCAACUCCUUGCUGGCAAGGCGUUUUCAGAAGGAGCCCAAAGCGGCGGAACCCGAAGGCGAAGCCAUCGAGAGGAGCGCGGCCGGGCAAAGCCAGCCGAGCGCGCAGAGCGAGCCUGUGGAGACGGACGCCUUGCGCCGGAAGUUGGACGGCAUGGUGCAGGAGAUGCACCAACACCUGGGCGUCUCGAGCCCCUCGAGCCGGGUGCCGCGGGCCUCCUUCGCCUCCACGGGCAGCGAGGAGUUGGUGACCAUCUCCCGCAGGACCGCGAAGACGGUGUCCCAGAAGAUCUUUGCCAAGAAGAGCUUGGCCUCCUUCCAUGAGGUGACCAGGUCUUGGCAGAAGCUCUGCGUGUACAUGAACCACGUCACAGAGAGCUUUCAGUUCCAGCUGGUCUUCGCCUUCCUCAUCUGCGCCGUGAGUUGGGUCAUGGCCUUCGAGGUGCAGUACCGGGGCCUGGAGACGGGCUACAAGCUCGGGUAUCCAGGCCACCUGCAGCCGGCGCAGGAGGUGUGGCCACUGGCGGAGCCCGCCUUCGAGGUCAUGGACGUCUUCUUUGGCGCGGCCUUCACGGUGGAGGUGUUGAUGAAGUUUUCGGCCAAUGGACUGCUCUUCAUCAAGGACAUUUGGAACUGGCUGGACACCCUGGUGGUCUGCAUCUGGUACGCGGAGCGCGUGACCACCACGGGCUUCCCGCUGGACCCCAUGAUCUUGCGGCUCUUCCGGCUCAGUCGGCUCAUGCGCAUGGUGAGGCUGGUGAAGAUCUUCGAGCAGUGCGAUGCGCUGUAUCUGAUGCUCACCUCGAUCCGCGCCUCCUUCGCUGCGCUCGCCUGGUCCUCCGCAUUGCUGCUGCUGAUCCAGAUGAUGCUGGCCCUGGCCAUGGUCACCCUGGUGGAGCCCUACCUCUCCAGCACCGAGUCCACAGGAGACAAGCACGCAGUGUACUCCUACUACGGCACCUUCACCCGCGCGAUGCUCACGCUCUUUGAGAUCACCUUGGGCAACUUCGUACCGGUCACCCGCCUCAUGAUGCAGGACGUCUCCGAGAUCUACGUCAUCUUCGCCCUGAUCCACAAGCUGGUAAUCGGCUUCGCAGUGGUCAUGGUGAUUACGGGGGUCUUCGUGCAAGAGACUUUCUCGGUGGCGCAGACAGACAACACCAUCAUGAUCAACCAGAAAGAGCGCGCCCUGGCACUACACGUGGCGAAGAUGACGGCGCUGUUCAAAGCCGCAGACUUCGACGGCUCCGGGCGCCUGGACCUCGGGGAGUGGCUGCAGGUCUGCGACGACUACUCGGUGCAGCUGUGGCUCUCCGCCAUGGGCUUGGACGUCUCCAACGCGGCGCUGGUUCACGAGCUGAUCUGCUCCGCCGUCGGCAAGCAGGACCUGAACGCGAAGGAUCUGGUCCUGGGGGUGGCCCGCCUCAAAGGCGCGGCCCGCAACAUCGACAUGGCGCUCUUCCGCCAGGAUAUCUUCUCGUUGGGCGGUUGCCAAAGGUUCAUCACAUCGGGCGACUGCUACGCAGCUUUGCGCGGCGACAAGGCGAAUGCCAACCGCCGGGAGCGCCGCGAGAGCUGGAGAUCUGAGAGCCACAAGGAAGUGCGGCGAUAUCCGCAGGACGCGGCCGGCUCCGAGGCUUUGUCCCUGGCAUCGCUGCUCUGCCGUCUGGGCAUCGCCCUCCACGCGAUGCACGGCUUCAACUGCGGCCAGGCGGUCCAGGAGCUGUCGCUCUUGCCCAAGAGGCACUACGAGACCGGCUACGUCUUAGACUUGGUCGGGCUUAGUUAUUUCGAGUCUGCCGACUACAAGAAGUCGGAGCUGGCUUACAACCAGGCUUGGAGAGUGGAACCCUUCCGCGUGGAAGGCUUGGAGUACUACUCCUCCGCUCUUUGGCACCUCCGAAGAGACGUGGAGCUCUGCCGACUGGCGCAGCAGUGCUUGCAAUGGGACAGGCUGAAGCCGCAGGUGUGGUGCGUCGUGGGCAACUGCUUCAGUUUGCAGAAAGAGCACGACGCCGCGGUGAAGCUAUUCAAGCGAGCGAUCCAGGUGGACUCCACCUUCACGUACGCCUACACCUUGUGCGGCCACGAGUUCGUGGCCAGCGAGAAGAUCGACAAGGCCGUGGCCAUGUACGAGAACGCCGUGCGCUUGGACCCCAGGCACUACAAUGCCUGGUGGGGCCUCGGCAACAUCUACCACCGGCAAGAGGAGCACGAGAAUGCCAAGUACCACUUCGACAAGGCGUUGCAGGUGAACGCCAGCAACUCGGUGCUCCGCUGCUACCAGGGAAUGGUGCUGAGCUCCCUGAGCAAACCGCAGGAGGCCCUCGAGAAAUUCGACCAGGCAGCCCAGGCGGAGCCCCAGAACGGCAUGGCGUACUUCCAGAAGGCCUGCGUGCUCUUCAGCCUGGAGCGCUACGAGGAAGCCCUCGCCGACCUCAAAAAGGUGCGGUGCUUGGCGCCCAAGGAGGCCUCCGUGCACUUCCAGCUGGGCAAGGUCUACAUGAAGUUGCAGAAGGACAGGAAGGCGCUCUUCCACUUCAACAUUGCCAUGGACCUGAACCGUGACUCCAAGGACUACCACACCAUCAAGACCAACAUCGAGAAGUUGCACUUGCACGGCAUCAGCGAAGACCCAGGAUGGUGCCAACCGCCCCAGUUGUGGUGGCUGGAACUGGCCUGCCGUCGCCGCAGCUCUACCAAGGGCUCAGCCCUGGCCGAGAUCCGCAGACGCCUGUGCGAGGCCUGGGGGGCUACUGGAGCAGUGGCAGCGGAGCAGGCCCCGAGCGGGUGCGCGCCUAUCCCGUGCCGCGCCCACGCAGCAGCCCAGUGCCUUGGGGAGGCAGCCCCACCGGUCUGGGCGGUUUCCGCAUCUGACGGACGCCGCACUCGGAGUCGCCGGAAAAGCCAGGCAAGCUGA